CGCCCAUCGCAGCAGUUUCCUCUUUAUUAAAUUAAUUUAAAAGGCAAAUAGAGUAUAAUCAUUUAUCGAAUUGAUGGCCUCUGCUUAUCACAGACACUUGAAAGGUCCGAAAAAUACCUGUUGUUGCAGUUGGCAGUUACCUGCCAGCAACAUUCAUUGCAUGUUGCUGGCCGCCGACAACAUGUUGCUCGCGUGUCGGGUUCGGCUUGGGCCCUCGGCACUCACUCGGCACUCAAUCGGCGCUGGCUGCCAUUUGCUGGUCGAAUGGAAGCCACUGAAAGUCCGCCGUUCAGUUAAAUUUUGCCAUCCGGUCGCCCAACACGCACGGCGCGCUUGCUCCUUCCCAGCGUCGAGAUCCAAACCGAUCCGAUCCGAUCAGAUCCGACACCGAUCUGCUCCGGCUGCAGUGUCAUUCGAAAGUGUCUCGCUCCAGCUGCUCAACAGUUACUGUGACGUCACGGACGGAGAGUAAGUGCACUUAACUGCACUUGCGAAAACAAUUGCACUGUGAGCUGCGGCACAGAGAGGGAGAGAGGAGCGGAAAAAGCUAAAAUGCAUCAUUGGAGCCAUUGGAACUGGAGCUGGACGCUGCUGGCUGUUUCGGCCCUGCUCCUGGCGGUGGCCAGCUCGGAGGAAUGCGGCCAGGAGGAGUUCAGCAAGUGCGCCGAACCACUUGAUAUGCUGCAUUUAACGUCGGAGUUUUCGAUUGGUCCUGCCAAGAAGGAGGACCUGGACAAACUUUGUCAUGAACUGCGGAAGGGGGUGCGCUGCAUCCAGAGCUACACCAGGCGGUGCAUGGACCUGCAGCAGCGGAAUCAGUUCAACAAGCUCUACCACGGCACCAACCAGUUCAUCCGGGACCUGUGCAAUAAGGGCGAGUUCCAGGACGAGUACCUCAAGCACAUACCCUGCUCCGAGAUGGCCAAGAAGGAGUUCGAGGUCUGCGCCAAUCGCUACAAGGAGACCAUGGUCUUCCUGAAGCCCAACAAGAACCAGGAGAAUCAGGAGAACGGCACUCUCAACGAGAAUAUCAAAACCAUUUGUUGCUCCAUUAAUGAACUCGUGGAUUGCUCUGAAAACGCGGCCCGUAAAAUCUGCGGCAAUGAGGCCGCUAAAUUCACCCGGGAACUGGUCGACAAAUACGCCAACAGCCUGACCAAGAUCUACUGCGAGGACUUCACCCGCAACCCGGGCAUCUGUCGGGACGGCGAGGGAAACGGCUCUAAUCGCUCGAUGCAGAGCAGUUUAGGCCUUUUGAUGGCCGGCACAAUACUCUCGCUGCUGGCCAGCAGAGGCAACAGAUAGACGGCGACCCAUCAAUUGAGUGGAACAUGGCGCAAACCAGUCUUACCAAACGGAAAUUAACGAUGCUAUAGAUGAGAAAAAUGGAGAAAUAAUGGAAUAAUAGUUACGGUUUCCCCCACACGUCACACCGAUGGAAUUCCACACGCAGUUGCUGUUGCGGUUGCAUACUUUUGGCAGUCAGUUUAGGCCACACCAAUAAUCCAACAAUCCAUAAAUCCAGUAAUCCAGUAAUCCAUACAGAAACAGCUAAUGCCCCAGGAUGUCGGGGCGAGGCAGUCAAGAAACUUAAGCUAUACGGUAAAGUAAAUGUUAAGUAUGUUACGAGUAUGUAUACCAGUAUGCAUAUAGACACAUGUAUGGAGAGGAGAUCGGAUCGGAUGAUCUUGGGAGUAUAUGUGCGGAUAUGUGUGUGUUACUAUAUAGAGGAUAUAGGCUAGAUAGUUAGAAUCAGUGUUGAAUCAGUGUGUGCGGCAGGCAGAGUUACAUACGUGUUGUUGGCCCUUCUUUCGUGCAAUACUAGAGUUUCGUUGCGUUGAGUUUGUUGCAAGUUGUCCAGGCUUUAAGUGUAGGCGUAAACCCCUUUAGAUGUAAUACCCUAAGUUCCGCAAAUCAUUGUUAAGUGCAGCCCCCCUCCCACCAACUCUCACCCCUUUUAGCCCCACUUCUAUGCGCACAAAAAGAUAUAGAAAUACAAGAAGUAUCCCCAGCGGAUUGGCUCACAUAUCGGCAAUAACUUUACAUUUAAAAGAAAGUGCAUUUCUAUGAACGGGAAUUUUAUAAAUUAUUUAGUGGAUAGCGUAUAUUUAUUUCACACUCUGUAAAUACUUUUAAAAAUACAUAAUAUAUACAACAUAUAUAUUCAAAUUGAUAAUGCCGCGGCGAAGCGUUUGGAAGUAUACUUAUAAAUAAAUAUUAGUUUAACUUAAAUACACACCCACAGCCACACACCUACACCCACACCCCCACACCCACACACACACCAACUUACAAAAAACUGUGAAUAUAUAUUAUGAUUAAAGAGUAACAUUUAUUUUAAGUAAAACACACAAAUGCAUAUGCAAAGAAAAAAUAAUAAAAAACGAGAAAAUAAAUUAACAAAAAGGGGAGCGUAAGAAAGGCGGGGAAAUAAAAGGGAAAAUGGCCAAGAGGGGUUGUUGAAAUUUAAAAA